ACACUGCCAGCCAUGUCCUGCCUAUAAAACCAAACAACAAAUACAGUUUUUAGCAUAUUAACGCAAGAGCAGAAUUCCUGCUGUGUUUUUUAACGUAUACAUAUUUUUCCACUGAUAAAGGCUCGGUUUUUUUCCCGGAAGAUGUGUUCCCCGGUACCGGAGAGGUCUGCCGCUCAGCUGCUGAGCGCGGCGCUGCUGUUGCUCUGGCUCUCCGGUUGUUCAAGCAUGGACGUCAUCAUGCCCCAAAACAUUAACGCACUGAAUGGAACGACAGUGAAAAUCCCCUGCACGUUCACCUCCUGCUAUAAGAUGGAUGUUAGCAAGUUUCUCAUGAACUGGACCUACCAAGAAACACUAAAUGAUACCGAGGACAUGGUAGUUCCUCCUCCCAGAGAUUCCACCAUCGCAGUGGCGAUCGGGGCGUCAGUGGGCGGAGCUUUAGCGCUACUGAUCCUCUCCAUGGUGGUAGUGAAAUGUCUCCGUCGACACCGGAAACAGGAACUGAUUUCAGAGGAGAAGAUGGAGGAGGAGGGAAAGCUGGAUCCUGAAGGUGUUGCGGAGGAGGGAACUAAACAUCUCCCUGAAGAUCUAUAGUUACCACAGCUCAAAUCAUCUUCCAACGACACUUCCAUCCCUUCGUGUGGUGUGGUGUGGUGUGUGUGUGUGUGUGUGUGUGUGUGUGUGUGUUUACUGAAUGUGUCUUUGUGUGCGUGCAUAUCUCUAUAUGUCUGUGUGAGAUGUUUUUCGUUUUUUUGUGGAAAUUAAAACAGGGAACACUUAUUACAACCUAAACACUUAAAACUUUAUCCUUAGCCACGAGUCAAUAUCAGUAGCAUUGGAAGUGUAUUUGAUUCCCUAUCUCAUAGGGAAUGGCCUUUUUAUCGUACACUAGGCCAGGGCUGGGCAGUAUGACCUGAAAAUAAAUAGAUUAAACGUCCCAUGUCAUGCUUUUCCGGUUAUUACCCGUCCCCUUGUGUGUUAU